AUGCGGCCGAUUUUCUCGGCUCUACAGAAGUCAGCCGCGGCCUGGACACUACCAUCCCGGGCUAUUCGGAAUCCUCGCAUCUCAUGGAAGCUUGAUUCCAUCUGCGCCAAAUGCCGCGUCCAGCAGUCCCGCCAGAUUUCGCAAUCGCGCCAGUUAGCUGAUGGCCUCAAUGUUGUGGAUCACCCUGCGAGAAUUGUCCGAGUCAAUAAAAAACAUGGGCCUGGUCUGAUCAUCCUCGCUUUGAUCCCUAUCACUGCAUUCAUUCUGGGAUCAUGGCAAGUGCAGCGCUUGGACUGGAAAACCAAGUUGAUUGCUAAGUUUGAGGACCGUCUCGUGAAACCUCCUCUACCGCUCCCGCCCCGAGUCGACCCGGAUGCGAUCUCAGAGUUCGACUACCGCCGCGUCUAUGCUACUGGCCGCCUUCGACAUGACAAGGAAAUGCUGAUCGGACCCCGCAUGCACGACGGCGAGGAUGGAUUUACCGUGGUGACACCACUCGAGAGAGAGGGUGCCAGCACUGUACUUGUGAACCGGGGCUGGAUUUCCAGGAAGUUGCAGGACCAAAAAGACCGACCUUUGGGUGUCACAAACGAAGAGGUGGUGAUCGAGGGCCUUCUACGAGAGCCAUGGAAGAAGAACAUGUUUACGCCAGAUAACAAGCCUGAGGAUGGAAAGUUUUACUUCCCCGAUAUCAACCAGAUGGCAGAGUUGAGCGGGAGUCAACCUAUUUGGAUUGAGCAAACUAUGGUCCCUGACCUUGUCGAAUCGUAUGACCGUGAGGCUAAGGGUAUUCCAAUUGGCCGCGCUGCCGAGGUUAAUCUGAGAAACAACCAUUCCCAAUACAUUUUCACCUGGUAUGGCCUUUCUUUCGCCACAUCUAUUAUGAUGUGGAUGGUUGUUCGCAAGAAUCCCAACGAGGCGUUGCGCCGGGUCCGUCAAAACCGAAACUGGUAA